UAAUCAGAUUCAAAGCAUGCAAAGUAAUAUAAUUUAAUAAGAAUAAUAUACUUUGAAAGUUUAAUGUGUUCAAAUUAACUACUGCCGCUUGUAUGAAUUUGAGAGAUAUAUUUUGAUAGUACUUAAUGAUGAAAAUCAUUUUCUGUUAAGCCUGAUUUUAACAUAAUCAAUAUUUUAUCUAACAAUCUGAAAAUGAUUUGGUGCUUAUUACUGAUGGGAUCAAUUAUUAUUUUGUUUUGUGAAUUAGUAUGGACUUAAAUUACGAUAUUGUUUUCCUGUGAUAAUGAAACAAAUAUCGUCAGCUAUGAAUGAAUGCAUUGUUCUAUGCGUAAAUAAAUUUAUAAAAAGAGGGAUUUGCGAUGCCUAAAGUGACGUGAUCAUCAGCGUUUACUUAUCAUAGUUUAAAUAUUUAAAAGUCAUUAGGACAUGGCACUUAGCCAGACCAAUUGUGCCUCGGACUUGGGCUUAAAUUCAGAUCGAAAAGUCAAAUUGGACGUAAAGAAAGGAUAAAUUCAAGAAUAUUAAAUUUUCAUGGAUAUUAAAAUAUCAAUAACUGGCGAGAGAAUUUUGGAAUACCUAAGAAGUGCAAAUUUUCUUUUACCGGUUAACUAUUUAAACUUAACGGAAAAAGACGGAUUUUACAGCGUUUGAAUUUGUGAAAAUGGCGCUGUCCAGGCCAAGUUCUCAGAUGACACGCUAUACAUCCAAUGAAAAUCGAAUGGCGUAUUCAAGACCUAGCUCCCAAAUGACUCGUUAUACGGCUAUGAGUCCGACACCUACCUCUCGUGUACUCAGUCCAAGUCCACCACCAUUUUCAAGACCGUCGUCAGUAAUGUCAAGACAUUCAAAAUCGGCACCAAGCGUAAAACUGACCAAGGGAAAUCCGAUGAAAUGCAAUGUUUGCAAGAACAAGCUAGAGUAUCAGUGGAUCCUUCCUGGGCUUCAUAACUUUUGCGCUCAUUGUCUUGAAGAUUAUAUUCUACGACAUAGUCGAGGGAAGCGCUGCCAUUGCCCAAUAUGUCGUGCAGGAAUUAGACUUCCAAAAGAACCUCGACAUCCGAAAAAGAUUGCCAGAUACCCUCUAGGGACUGAUCUUGUUAUAUGCGAUGUUUGUGAAGAUAGUCCAGCCUUUUACAAGUGUUCUGAAUGUAAUGAAUACUUCUGCGAAAAAUGCAAUAAGCUUCAUCUCAGAAUGAGAAUGGGGCGUGAUCACCAUGUUAACAUCAUACCUUCUAUUAGAGCUGUCAAUGAUAAACUGAAAGUUAAAGUUUACUGUGAUGAACACGAACAUGAGGAAAUAAAAUUUCACUGCAAAAAAUGUGAUGUUCCCAUUUGCCGGGACUGUAAAGUAAUUCAACAUGAAGGUCACCUCACUACAGCUUUAAAAGAAAUCGUAGAUGAAAGAAAAAUCAGAGUUACAACAGCCAUGACAACUGCCAGAGGUCAUCUUGCCAGAUUGAAAGCCGAAGCCAUCGAAAUCAAGAAUAGAAAAUCAGCUCUUGAAGAAGAAACUGAACAAACGACGCAUGAUAUAAAACAGCAUGCUCUACGGAUGAAAGACAUCGUCGAUGAGCAUUCUGGUCAUUUAAUUCAGACUGUUCGGCAACAACACGACGAAUCUAUCUCAAAACUUGACAACUGUCUGGAGCAAGUCAGUAAGAAAACAGAAAACAUCAAGGGUCUGCUAGAUACUGCGUCAGUGCAAAUGGAUACAUCCACGGAUGUGGCAUUUAUCAAUUCGAGUCAGAGUCUGAAUGAAAGCCUUAGAGCGGCGGACAUCCCGUCUUUCACAGAUAAAUUGUGGAGGAAGCGUUUGACGUUCGCAAGGGGAGAUAUAGACGAAAUUGCGAUUCAGCAGGCAGUUGGAGAUUUGAAAUUUUCAGCUGAAGGAUUAUUUGUACCUCUGCCAGCCAUUGAGCUCCAACUGAUGUCUACUUUUAACACCGAUCAAAAUUUCAGAAGCACCUCCUCAAUAACUACACAGAACGACGCAACAGCAUGGGUUUGCAACGGUUACAGAAAUAAAAUCCAGCGAUUUGACAUCAAGGGCCGCAUCAUACAGGUAGACACAACGGAGUUUGAUAUAGAUGAUAUGACAACUUUAAAUGAUGGUACCGUUUUAUUGACAGAGUACAACGGAAAGGCAAUACGCAAACUAAGCUCAACUCAUUUUGAAUCCUAUUUUGCCAAGACAGAUCUAUACCUCAGGGGCAUAACAACAUCGCGCGAUGGUUCUAAUGUUAUCGUUGUCGGCAAUGAUGUUCCAGUGACAAAAAGUAAACAAAUUCGCCAUGCAAAGGUUUUAAUAUUUUCAACGACAGGAAGAAGAAUUAGAGAAAUUCAUAUCAAUAAAGGUCUAAGUCUCUUCAGAAUUUGUCACACAGUGAACGGAGAUUUUGUCAUUUCUACAGGAGUUUCAGCGAAAUAUCUCGUUAUUAAUUCUGACGGAAUGACAAAAUAUACAUACACAGCGUCAGGUAGUGCUGACGGCGUUACUUGUGACGCACAUGGACUAACUAUACUGUCUGAUUUAAAGGAUGACACUCUUCAUUUGUUAGAUAGCAAAGGAAAACCAUUACCAUUUACCUACAGUCUUAACAAACCAAACGCUGUUGCUGUGGACAACAGAGGUCACAUCUGGGUCGGUGACCUUAAUAAAAUUAGAAUAAUGAAGUAUGUCUGAUGAAACCUGGCUUGAUUGUAAUUCGAAAAAAGCAAAUGUCAUUUUGUUUCAUUGACUCUCGCGAUAGAGAACAUAAACAAAUUUGUGUUCCGGGAUAAAGGAGGAUUCUUAAUUAAAUAUAAAAAGAAAAUUAUACCUCAUUGCAAAAUUUUACGGCAUAUGUUUUGAAAUUAACCACUGUGCGUGGUUGUUAUAUAAACAGCUUCAGGUUAUAUUGUUAGAAUGAACUUUGACAGUAUAUGUGAGAUUCAUUUGUGUUGCAUGUUUUCAUAGAGCUUAUAACAAGUUUUCAACUAAUAAAUUGUAGCCAGUAAAUUUAGCGAAAA